UGUCAAAACAAAAUUUUAAAGCGAAUUCGUAGUUUCUGGGUUGUUUUAUAUUGUAAUUUUAUGAAUUAAUGAUGAGUGAUACAAAUAGGCUUAUAGUUCUAUAUGGGAGCCAAACCUUCACCGCCCAAGAGGUGGCUGAAAGAAUAUGGCGUAAGACGAAGAUAUUGCGGUUCAAAGGUCCAGUUCAGGCGAUGGACGAUUAUCCUAUAUCCCGACUUAUUCAAGAGGAAUUCGCCUUGUUCGUCUGCGCAACCACUGGUCAGGGAGACGAGCCGGAUAAUAUGAAAAAGUUCUGGAAGUUUCUUUUACGUAAAAACCUUCCAGCAAAUUCGUUAGUGAAAAUGAAGUUUGGAGUGAUAGCCCUGGGUGAUUCCUCCUAUUCGAAAUUCAAUUUUGUGGGCAAGAAGCUGCAUAAACGGCUCAUACAACUGGGUGCAACACCUCUGCUUAAUAUAGCUCUGUGCGACUAUCAACAUGACCUAGGCCAUGAUGCGGUCCUUAUACCCUGGACAAAGGAAUUCUUCAUCAAAAUGCAAGACUACUUCCCAAACCAGACAACAAACACUUUAAAUACACAAUUCAUUCCACGGUGGCAAGUUUCCCUGAUAAAAAACGAGGAUUGUCAAAAUGGACACAACUUAAACAAGGAUAUUUAUUAUGCUAAUGGUCUCAGAGAUAACUUUUUGAACACCCAUCAUUUGGAAGUUGAACAAAAUUCUAGGACAACACAUGACACUCAUUUUCAGGAUGUGCGAUUAAUAACAUUCAGGACAACUGAAGAUGAUAAAGUAGAUUAUAGUCCUGGUGAUAUAUUCAACAUAAGGCCGCGUAAUUCAGAUGAAGAUAUCAAUGAUUUAUUUGACAUCUUUGACUCACAUAAUAUUGAUAUAAAGCCACACUAUCGCUUGUUAGUUCAAGAAUGCCAUGAUGACAUGCCUGUGCCAGAUUUCCUCAAAGAACCAUUAACUCUAUACGAAUUAGCUGAACAGUACUGGGACCUGAGGGCGUAUCCCACGCAAUACGUCUUCUCCCUUCUAGCACUGGUGUCUGAUGAUAAGUUGGAAAGAGACAAAUGUAUGGAGCUCAGCUCCCCAGAAGGUCAGGAAGACUGGCUCAACUAUAGCAGGAGGCCGAAAAGAACUGUUCUUGAAGUACUACACGAUUUCCACAAGUCGACAUCAAAGUUGACAAUCGAAAUAAUCUUUGAACUCUUCUGCACAAUUAAACCUCGAUCGUUCUCUAUCGCGAGUAGUUGUUUAACGUCACGCGGCACUAGAAUAGACAUUCUGGUCGCAGUAGUAAAGUAUUACAGCAAACUGAAGAAACCCAGGUUGGGACUGGCGUCCAAUUGGCUCAAAUGUUUGCGCGUUGGCGACAAAGUUUACGGCUGGAUAAAGAUGGGUUCUCUGAAAUUUCCGACGGAUACGAAAACCCCGCAAAUUCUCAUAGGUCCCGGUACAGGCCUCGCGCCAUUCAGAAGUUUAAUUCAGGACAUGGCGUACAAAGGUUUAGCGCAUAAAGAUGUUCUACAUCUAUUCUUUGGCUGUCGUUACGAACAUAAAGACUUUCACUGCAGAGAAGAGUUGCUGAGAUUAGUGGAAGAAGAGAAGUUAUCUUUGUACUGCGCGUUCUCGAGAGAUCAAGAAGACAAAAUAUAUGUCCAGCACAAAAUAAAGGAGUACAGCCAAGACCUAUGGCAUUUGAUCAACGAUAAAGGCGCGUACAUAUACAUAUCGGGCAACGCUAAGAACAUGCCGGAUAAUGUGCGAGAGGCUUUCAUUGAAGACGUCUUUAGUAAAGAAGGAAAACUUGAUUUGGAUCAAGCGAAAGCGAUGCUCGCUUCUAUAGAGCGAGAUGGAAGAUUGCAAGUUGAAACUUGGUGAUUUAAAGUCAACAACUGUUUGUAAAUUAUGAUUGAUAAUAUAAUAUUGUUAAUUUUGA